ACAUGGUGCAGAUGAACAAGUUGAAGCAAGAUUUCAACCGUAUUUCGGAUGAGCGCGAAGACCUGCAGAGACGAGUACAGCGUUUGGAAAGCAGCAGACCAGCUACCAGAAAGCUGAAGCUUCGCAAGAGCAAAAGUGAAAGCAAUCCUGCGCUGCUUUUCACCCGGAAUGAUCCAACCCACGCUACGAACAGCGCGAUAAAAUCGGAAAUGACGCUCCGUUGGCUCCAGGAUCGGCACACGGCAAGACCUGGAAGUGCCCAGACCGUGCGAAGAUCGCACGUGCUCGAGCGUACGAUUGGGGAUGGCGUGCCGAACGUCCCCGCACUGCAAGAUAUCGCUGAGGUUGACGAAGAGGUUGUUGUGAUGCAGAAAAAUUACAUCGAAGGAGGAUUCGGAGAUGUGGGAAUGGAACAGGUCAAACCAGUUAUUAAGGUGGGGCCAGUUGGUGGUGAUAUCGGUGACGGAAUCGAUGUGGUCGAUUUCUUCAACGACAUUGGCGAUGCUGCCGAUCAGUGGCAACACGAAGACGACGAGAUGUCGACGGACGAUGAGGAGGACGAAUUUGGUGAUUUGACUAAUUCAAUUUCUGGCGCGGAUCUGUUGAAUUUGAUGGCCAAGAAAAAAUCCGUAGAAGGUUUGAGUGACGCGCAGUCGUGCGUGCAGUCCUUAUUUCGAAACGUUUACAAGGAUGAAGAGUGAAAUUAGUUUAUUUUGAUACAACAAUAUUCAAGUAAAUUUUGCGUCAGGAAAAUCGGUGUUUCGGAACCAAAAUAAAAUAUCAAUAAA